UUGAGGCACCCCCCCCCCCCGGAGCCCGCCAGGGGUCGCUGCGGGGCUUUCCCCGGCCGCCAUUUUCCGGCCGGGUGCGCGCAUGGCGGCGGCACCGGGCGCCUCCCGGGAGCUGCUGGCCGCGGGGCGCCGCCCAGGGCUAGAAGAGACAUUACUGAUUAGUUCAAAACAUAGCAGCAAGAAGGCCACAACUUUACAGACGGUUAGGAUGCCGAGGAGUAAUGUUUUGGACAGAGUACAGAGCUUUUUACCACAGAUGGCACAUGCAAAUGAUGAGCUAAGAAGAAAAAUGGUAACAGCACCAGCUCAUCAAUUUGAUAUUGAAAAUCUAGACGGCGCCACAGAAAAAGUUAUAGAAAUGAAUGUGGCUGUAGUUGAACUGAGUGGUUCCGAUACAGAUGAAGAGAUACUAACUUCAGAAGAUGACUCAGAAUCUGAAGAUGACUGUACAACUGAUGAAGUGACAAUACACAAUAUUAAGUUUCCUAAACAAAAGGAAGAAAAGGGCAAAAUAGAAAUUUUGGACAGCAAAGAGAAUGAGUAAAUCCAUUUUUAUUUUUUUUUAAAGAAAAACAAACAAACCAACUAUGUUUUCUUUGACAAUUUGGCCCUUAAAACUACCUUGUUUCCCAGUGUGACACUUCCCAGGAUCACAUAAAAUGCUUUAGUUUGCACAGAGGAGAAUUCAGGAUCUACUCAUGGCUCUGAGGCAAGCUGCAUCUCUGAAGAUUAAGUACUGUCUUAUUCAUCAAACAAAAUGGAAAUUCCAAGCUUCAUCAUGAGGUUAGACAAAGUGGCUAGAAUCUGGGGCACUUGAACAGGAAGGCAUGCUGCAGAGCUAGUUAAGAACUGUUGCUUUGUUGAAUAAAGAUUCUUGUACUGUACUUAAAAUAAAUAUUUGCUUCCAGGGGAGGAAAGAGGUAACUAGGAGAAAAAUAUAUUUUUUUUAUAUGGUGUCCUGUGAAAUGUUAUGUACCAUGUCUUCAAUAUUAAACAUUACCUUGAAGUACAA